UCGCGCCUGCCAGAGCCAAGAUACCGCCGUCAGGUACCUACAUAAUUGGCCUAUCUGUCGAUGAGAAAACUCGACUUCUCACCACCCUUCGUCUGUUUUCUUCUCCCCAUCAAGUCUCCCAACUUCGACCAAUUCUCCCGCUUUACACUACUCGAUCCCGCUCACUGCUCUUCUUUCCGCCUCACUUCUAUCCCUUGCUUUCCGUAGCAUCUAGUCUUUUUGUCAGUAGUCAGGCAUUUCUGCCAUCUCCAAGCCUUUGACUUGAGCACUUGGGAGCUUGGUCACCGCCGCCCCCUGCCACUCCUGCAGAAACGCCAGGCCUCGAUUCUGACCAAGAUAGGACUCACCAUGUCUGUUCCACCCGCCGCGACGGCUUCGCCAGCCUCCCAUCGCAUACAGUCCUCCCAGAUCAUUUCCAAGGACGAGAACGUCAAGGUUAACGGCAAGGUUGGCAAAGAGGACACCUCUAAUGCCAAUGUAAGUGACGUCCUCACGAGUCUCUUGCGAUUUGAAUCGGAUGGUUUUCCACCUCAGAAGAAGUCGGGUUCUGGUCGAGCUCUCUCAGCUUCUUCUUUGGUCAACCAGAGCUCUCCUAAGAAGAUGAAGCUUAGCCAUGUGUCACCGGAUCCCCCCGGCUCUCACGAAUCGAACCCUAUGGAUCAAUUACUGGAGAAACUUUCCCAGCGCCAAGCUGCGCUCCAGAUGCAAGGCGAUAGCGUUAACGUUGCCGACGAUGCCACACACUCGGCCACCGCAGAGCAUGGAUCUUCAAGCAACUCGGUGCCCAUGACGCCCGCUGUAGAGAUCUUUGGCGAAAAUGCUCCUACCAUGCGACCCGCCAGCGCAGUGUUGGACGACGGCGAAUCCAACACUAAGGAGAUUCUCCGUCUGAAGCUUGAGCUGGCUCAAGCUCAGAACAAGAUCAGCCACCUCGAUAGCGAGCUCUCGCAAACCCGCCAGGCCCGACCUGGACUCGAGCAUUCCGCUAGUUACUCACCGGUCGAUACGGGCAUGUCCUCCGGAAUACAGACCGCCCCAAACCCACCGCGGAUAUCCGGCCCCCCUUAUCACAACCCCAGCAGCCAGCAGGUAGCGGCAAGAGAGGGAGGCUGGCCUGCCUUCGAUGAUUCUCGAUCUGACACGAGCGAUGCUUUGUCGGCCACAGGAUUCAAUCGUUCCCGCGACAUCUGGGGUCCAAACAAGAGCGGCCAGGGCUCUUUGGUGCAGAGUGGCUUCUCGGGAUCUGAGGUGGCCCAGAGCAGCCACUGGGGCGGGCGUGGUGUCACCCCGGGUUACAUGGAUCCCGGUUUGGCUUUCGAGCCUUCUGCUCCUGGUGGCUACCGCGGUGGGGGCCAUUUGACUCCCGACUUCGACUUGGCAGCCUCUAGAUCCACGGGCAGCCGACGAAACAACCGAUUCGAUAACCGCUUCGUGAUGCCCCAAUUAGCUUCACAAUCGGCAUACGCAAGUGGCUUUAACUACGGCACCAGCCCUUACGAACCCGUCCCAACCCCGGCUUCUGGUUCGGGGAUGUACUCCAACUAUCAACCAACUCCCAUCGGUACAUCCCUUUCGCCCUUGGCCAGCGAGUUCACCUCGGCUACGGGUAGUGCCUCUUACAAGUCAGAGCCCGUCUCUGAAGGCCAGACCUUCUUGCCGACCACGGAACCCCUUAACUACCGACGCUUACUCGAUCGCACCGUAACCUGCAACUGGAAAUACAUCGUCGACAAGAUUGUCUGCAAUAACGAUCAGCAAGCCUCCAUCUUUCUGCAGCAGAAACUCAAGGUCGGAACACCAGAGCAGAAGUACGGAAUUGUUGAGGCCAUUGUUGCCCAAGCCUACAAUUUGAUGGUCAACCGUUUCGGCAACUUCUUGGUACAACGGUGCUUUGAGCAUGGGACGCCGGAGCAAGUGAUUAAGAUUGCCGAGGCCAUCAGGGGAUCUACCCUCCAGCUCUCCAUGGAUCCGUUCGGCUGUCACGUAGUCCAGAAGGCAUUUGACUCUGUUCCCGAGGAUUACAAAGCCAUCAUGGUUCACGAGCUGCUCCGACGUAUCCCGGAUACUGUUAUUCACCGAUACGCGUGCCACGUCUGGCAGAAGCUCUUCGAGCUGAGGUGGUCCGAGUCCCCGCCACAGAUCAUGAAAUACGUCAACGAUGCUCUACGUGGCAUGUGGCACGAGGUCGCCCUUGGAGAGACCGGGAGCUUGGUAGUCCAGAACAUCUUUGAGAAUUGCCUUGAAGAGGACAAGCGCCCUUGUAUUGAGGAAGUGCUGGCCAAUAUCGACAUCGUUGCUCAUGGCCAAUUCGGAAACUGGUGCAUCCAGCACAUCUGCGAGCAUGGUGCACCAGCUGACCGAAGCCGAGCUAUUGACCAUGUCAUCCGCUACGCAGCGGAAUACAGUAUGGACCAGUACGCCUCCAAAGUGGUUGAGAAGUGCCUGAAGAUUGGAGGCGGCGAAUUCCUGACCCGCUACCUUGAUCGGGUCUGCGAGGGCCGCCCGGGCCGCCCUCGAAUCCCUCUGAUCGACAUCGCCAGUGACCAGUACGGCAACUACCUGAUACAGUGGAUCUUGACUCACGCUUCCCCUCAGCACCGUGAGAUUGUUGCCGCGCAUAUCAGAAAGCACAUGGUGUCUCUGCGUGGAUCUAAAUUUGGAUCCCGCGUCGGAAUGCUGUGUACUAACCCAGCCGUGACUACUAGACCAGGACCCGGCGUCGGGUCUGGCCUAGGACGUACGCCUGCAGGUCCCCGUUACAAUAGCCGUGCUUACCAGUAAUGGCACUCGCUCGUGUGGUUUCGCGACGGACUUGGGCGUUCCUUCGUUUAAUCAAAAGAUAAAUCUCGGCCCGUCUUAGUAGGGGACCCACGACGGGUUCUUGUCAUCAUCACGGCGUCCUACGGUUUGCUCUUUAAUUUUUUGCUUUCCUACUAUUUCUACGUUCUGCUGUCGGACA